AUGGACGUUUACAAGAGUCUUACAGGAAAGACAGCAAUCUCCCUAGAUUGGAAUCUCAUGGAGAGAGUAGCAACCGAAUUACAACGUACACCAGAGGGUCGCUUGUUUUUAAAUGGGCUAGCCGUGUACCCGCCAACGUUUACGGGCGCAUACGCGGAAUAUCCGUUAUUUGAGCACCUCAUCGUUUUUCUGUAUCUACGGCACUUUGUCCCGCUCGAGUUUGGGUCGAAAUGGACGGCUUUUGGUACUACAAAGCUCAACAAAAUCCGUAUGACAUCUCUUGGGGAGGCCAUAGAUGUGAUUCUAUUUCACAAAAUGUUGCCCGAUUCUUCCGAUGUCCCCCAUCAGCUUUCGUUUAUCCAACUCUGCAACGACAAGAAUUGGGGAUUCGCAGACGACAGAAUUCUCCUACAAAGAAUGUGGUUUAUUCGCGCCUAUCUCAUCUACAACGACGGCAUAUCGGCCUUUGAGGACAUCUGCUGGUUUGAUUACCGGCUCACCAUUGUCAUAUACUGCUGGGUGCGGCAUAAUCGACGCUAUCAAAAAUGUGCCAAUGAGUACUGCGAGUGCUCCGAUUUUGUCGCAAACUAUGGAAUACGUCGAAGGGAGUUUGCUCGAAUCUACAAACUGCUUGACAAAUUGCUCGAACCCGUGAUCAUGUAUACACGGUCCAACAAGUCUGCUUGGCCUCUGGAAACUGGCGACGCCCCGCUUUCCCGCGCCGUCCAUGUAGGCUUGUAUGUACGAUUCCAUAAAGAGUGGCCUCUGUGGUUCACAAGUCGUCUCAUGGAUCCGGAGAAUGGACUCACCAACGCCAGCACACUCGACACGAGUGGCUCAAACACUUUGACGAACAUCCGGGCAGAGGAAAGCUCAAUAGUUCAACUUCCAGUACAGGAACCAUCGGAUUCAAUCACACCCGAUGUAGAAUCUUCUCAGACGGUCUCGAUAGUUAACGCUGGGCUUGCUCCUGCAACGAACCAUUUCACGGUCAUUACGGAACACAAUGCACCAUUAGACCUUGCCGAGGCAGGUGCUGACCGGAAUCUAACAUUCGAGCAAAGUGGUCUGGAUUGGCUUGCGAAGGAAAAGGUGGAAAGUGAGGCUAUUCGGUCGGCUUCAAGUGCCAGCACCAGCAAAGAAGCAGAGAAGGCUCCUGUUAUACAACCUACACGAGGAGAGGUCCCCAAUCCUGCGAUGUCGAUAGUGGAUGGACAACUCUCGCAACUCCGUUCUCAUAACCAGCGUCGGUCGCGCGAAUCGAGGAAGACGGUGGAGCUUCUUAACAAGAACUCCGAGACACAGCAACCAGAGAGAAUGCAAAACCCAGAGUCGGGGCCAUCUCAAAAUCCCAUUGCUAUCCCAGCUUCAAGGGUGACCAUCAUCGAUCUCACCUCGAGCCCACCAGAGUCUUCUCUUCGUACUUCUACCGUCCACCCUCAACACCGGGAACCCAAAGCUGUCUCAAGGAAACGUACGCGCGAGGAAGUUCCAGCGUCCGCGAAAGAAAGUGGGGCGGCGGCGAAUAUUGUCGAACCGAAGCUAUUUUCACUAGGGGCACCUCCAACAAAAAGAAUGAAGAUGGACACCAGCGUAUUACCGUUAAAGAAUCCGGCGAUUGGUCCGACCAGUACUCCUACCUCUCACAGCCUAACAAAGGCCACAGAUGGCGAGGUGCAGAGCCUGCAGCCAACUCCUGCCACGCAAGCGGCAAGUUUGACCGAAACAAUCGAACAAGCCGCGCUUGCCUCGGUCGUCACCGCAUUCAAGCGGCUCGUGGAGGUGACGGACGAGGACGCCGUUUCGACUGCUGGAACCUCGACGAGUUCCAAAUCCAAAUCAUCCUCGAAUACACAUUCGAGCCCAGGGGCCAAAUCGUCGAGUGGCAAGAAGCUUGUACUCGGACGAUUGAAGAAGGACAAGCACCCCACGACACCGACAAAACCAGCAUUACAUCAUAUGCAAUCUGAUUCGGUCUCUUCGGUCUGGAGUGAAUCUCUCAGGCUCCCGAAUCCUUCACCUACGUCAAGUCGGUCGUCAAGCACAAUAAGAGAGGUGACUUCGAUAACAAAACCGCACCAUUCAAAGACGGCGUCACUCCCUGAAAUGCCUAUGGGUAUGGCCCAAUCGACGCAGCUUCCUGCACCCGAGUCCACGGACCCAGUGUCGCCAGAACUUGACCAGAAUGAUGCUAAGCUAUGGGACGUAAUCAAGACAGUUGUUCCAACCCCAGCUAUCUACGUUCAUUGCCCCCGGCCGAAUGUCCAGUUGCUCUCCUCGGCGCAUGAAGCUCGAAGACUGGUGUGCCUACUUAUUGGGCUCGGAAUCCCGCUCGAUUGGGCGUCGGUGGACCCGUUGGGGUACGGGAUCAUGAUUCGCUCAGAGGCGGUCGCUAGUUUGCUGUCAGUCAUCAGGCAAGACUCCUUUAAUACGUUGCGCUCCGCGGGCGUGUCUCUUUCUCUGACUUUACCACCCCAAGAGCAAUUAAUAAACGUCAUCACACAAUCCAAGCCUAUAACACUGGAGACACUCGGAAACCAUGAAACACUGGUCAGUAUCACCGAUACCCGAGCGGACCGCCGAUUAAGAGACCAUGCGGCGGAGCAUUCGCGACUUGCUGGACUUGUUCGCCAAGUCUCUGGAUCUCUUCACUCGCUCGAACAACCAACGAGUCUCGACGUCUAUCAAAGUGGGGAUCGCAUUUUCCUGACGUUGGACGAGGUAUCCUCAAACAGUAUUACAGACGUAGCCGUCUCCGAUCUUCAUCAGUUGGGACUUGCUGUAUACCGAGGAAAGAACCUCCUCACUUCGCCUGCCACCGAGAUGACUCCCGUCGCAUCCCUCGAAACCCAAGCGGGUGCAAAUCCGGUAUUUGACUGGCGUGCGCUCCGCACCGAGGUCCUCAAAAUGAAACUCCCGUGGGAGACCGAUGGCGACAACGAGCACAUUCCCAGCCCAUAUCAACGAUGGAUCAGAGGCAUGGCAUCCUUUAGAUGGUCUGCCUCGUCGAGUACGUACUCCACCAUGGCGACUGCUGGAUUGAGAUGGAGUCCGGCUUCAUUCUCAGACUCGGAGGAAGAGGAAGAGAAUGUCGUUUCGACGGGCAGCAGUGGGAUUUCUGGAAACGCAUGA